UUGUACCAGUACACGUAGUGUCAGCUGUGUUUAGAGUUUGGUUUAGGAAAAUAGCCGCAGACGACGACGACGGCGACUUUUACUGACUAAUGUCGUGUAUCUGCGGUUGUUAGUCGCUGCUUUAUAGACGUGUUCGUUGUCUUGGUACAUGAUGAAGCCACAGCGGCGACACUCUUGUUUGUCCUCAUAUGUAAUCUAGGCUAAAUUAGCAAGCUAGCAUUAGCAAGACUGAGCACUUUUGUUGUUUACAGUUUAUUCCAAGAUGUACACUUUAUUAUCUGGGUUAUAUAAAUACAUGUUCCAGAAGGACGAAUAUUGCGUAUUGAUUCUGGGACUGGACAAUGCCGGGAAAACGACCUUUCUGGAACAGACCAAAACAAAGUUCAGUAAGAACUACAAGGGCAUGAACCUGUCAAAGAUCACAACUACAGUUGGCUUGAACAUUGGUACAAUCGACGUGGGGAAGGCGCGUCUGAUGUUCUGGGACCUGGGAGGUCAGGACGAACUCCAGUCUCUGUGGGACAAAUACUACGCUGAGUCUCAUGGAGUCAUCUACGUGAUAGAUUCAACUGAUGAAAGCCGCCUGUCAGAAUCAAAGGAGGCCUUUGAGAAGAUGAUCAGCAGUGAGGCUUUAGAGGGAGUUCCUCUCCUGGUGCUGGCCAACAAGCAGGAUGUUCCGGACUGCCUGUCAGUGCCCGACAUUAAAACCGCCUUCAGUGACUGUGCCCCCAAGAUCGGCAAGAGGGACUGCUUAGUCCAGCCCUGCACUGCCCUCACAGGGGACGGAGUGAAUGAAGGGAUCGAGUGGAUGGUGAAAUGUGUGGUGAGGAACAUUCACAGGCCUCCAAGACAGAAGGACAUCACAUAAGAAGACGUGAGGCGUCUUCACUCUCAUCCUGGACUGAGACUUUCUCCCUGAGGACAUUCCAUGUAAACCUGGAGCAGGUUACCUUUCCUCUCUCCUGUGUUGCUGUGGCUUUGAACAGUUUGGAUUUCUGCCUCAUCACAGACAGUGACAGUGUUUUGAAGUCUGUUGCUCUUGUUGAAGUUGUCUGCUUCAUGUAGAGCAGCAGCCUCAAUCUCUGCUGCUGUCACUGUGUCUGCAUGGAGCGCCACUGACUGACUGACAGCCUGUACUGUGACAACAGAGCACACACACAUGACUCUGACUCCUCUGCAAUACACAAAACUUACAGCAUCACAUCACUUUACACACAUUUGUCAAAGUGAAAUGUGAGUUUUCCUCAGUUUUAGAGUUAGGAAAUAUCAACUAACACUGUCACUGCAGCUGCUGUGAUAGAAGCUUUUUUGAACAUAAUAGAAACAGGAUGAAUCUGUGUUUUUGUUAUUGUAGUGAAAUCCCAUGAAAAGACUAAAACCAGCAGUGUGUAGUUGUUUUCCUUCCUCUGUCUGAGACUGUUGUUUCUGCUCAAAACUGUUUCCAGACACAUGAUUUCUUUUCUUUUAAACAAUAAGGUUAAAUAAAUAAUUUCCUAAAGAA